AUGGUCGCGAUAUCAGGCUUUCGGAGUCUCUCGACUCCUGUGAAUCGAACUCGACGUCUUCCUAUGAUACUUGGAGGUGGUGCAUUCUUCAUCAUGUGCAUCAUAUACCUCCUUCUCUCCAUCGCACCUUGCAUGGUGUAUGGGAAUUGCUAUCGUGGUUAUUCGAGUGCUUACAGCUUCGAUGCUGACUUGGCCCACAACCCGACCUGGAUGGCCGACAUUCCUGACGAUGUAUUCCUCUCGAGCCUCAGUAUACCGGGCACACACGACACAAUGACCUAUGAGAUAGGAUCAGAGACUCUGCAGUGUCAGAAUUGGAACCUGACUACCCAGCUGGAAGCGGGCAUUCGUUACUUCGACAUCCGCGCUCGUGUGCGUGAUGAUGAGUUGCAUAUUUACCAUGCUAAUGGGUACACUGGCUUCAGCUUCGAGGAUGUGGUUGGCUAUAUGAACGACUUCCUGGACAGGAACCCUUCUGAGGCGAUCAUCAUGCGCCUCAAGCAGGAAGGCAACGGUAUUGGAGACAACAACACUCUGUCAUUCGAAGCCGCCUUCAACAAAUACCCACUUGGGGAUCGGCUGUACAACUACAGCGCUUCUGAACCCCUGCCAACUCUUGGUAGUCUUCGCUCCAAGAUCUUUGUUCUUCAAAACUUCCCAGCUUGGCGAGGAGGACCGUAUGGUCUGAAGUGGGAAGGUCAUCAAAUGAUCCUAGAAGAUAUAUGGAUCAUCCCUGAUAUCUACCAUCUGUCGGAGAAGUGGACUGCGAUCCGUGAUGCCCUCGAACUCGCUGCGACAGCAGCUCUCGACAACAAGGUCCUCUAUUUGGCACAUAUUUCAGCUUCUGUUGGUGUCUUGCCCAUCGAGGCUGCGGCUGGGCCCAUGAACCGAACCGUCACCGGCAUGAACGAUAUGACUGGCCAGUGGAUUAAGGAUUUUGAAGAUAACGAAGACACUACCCGAACUGGAAUCGUCAUCAUUGAUUUUCCCGGCAAGAAGUUCAUUGAUGCCAUUCUUCGAUGGAAUAAGUCAUAUACAAAGAAGCAAGCAUAA